GGGCGACAGCGCCGUGGGCUGCUGGAGCGGUUCCUGCUCGACGGCUUCCGCCCCCAGCAGCUGUCCACGUUCGCGCUGACGCUGUACCAGCACCGCGCCCGCGUGGGCGGGCAGGAGGUCCGCGUGGACUUCUGGGACACAGCGGGCCAGGAGCGGUUCCAGAGCAUGCACGCCUCCUACUACCACCAAGCCCACGCCUGCAUCAUGGUGUUCGAUGUGCAGCGGAAGGUCACCUACAAGAACCUGAACAGCUGGUACAGGGAGCUGAGGGAAUUCCGCCCGGAGAUUCCCUGCAUUGUGGUGGCCAACAAGAUUGAUGCGGAUAUGAAGGUGACCCAGAAAAGCUUCAACUUUGCCCGGAAGUUCAGUUUGCCCUUUUACUUUGUGUCUGCUGCCGACGGCACCAACGUGGUGAAGCUCUUCAACGAUGCCAUCAGACUGGCCGUGGCUUACAAACAGCACUCGGGAGACUUCAUGGACCAGGUCCUGCAGGAGCUGGAGAGCUUUGACCUGCAGAAGACGAACGAGGAUUCGUCAGAUAAAGAGAAGAGCUGCCCUGAAGAGGAAACCCCACCUGCCUAAGCCUGGACCCUGAGCCUGGUUUUCCUUUGCCACUGGACCCUGAGUCCGGUUUCCCUUGGCAUUGCAUUUCUGGGGCCUGCACAGAGAACAGUGAUGUUUCUUGUGCCCUGGAGCUGUGAUGAUGGGCAGCUGGGCCUCUCCCUUCUUGUGGGAGCCCUUCUGGGCAGGAUCUCCCUUGGCUUGGCCCUCACCACUGCACAUCUCACUCAAGCCAAAGAACGAAUGUGAACAGCCCAGCAGACUGACAGACAGAGCAGGGACUUUCCCAGCCCAUGGGUGCACUGAGCAGGGCUGAAAACACAGUUAAUGAGGAACACAGGAACUUUAUUUCAGCACCUCGGUCAUGUCAGCAUCGGUGUGGGUGCAGCGGAGCAGCGUGGGCAGGACGGAGCAGGCUCUGGCCCCAAGGCUACCUUUGGCCCAGCAGGAAAUGGCCGUGGCCACUGUAGCCCUGGAUCCCGCUCAUCCCGCUGCUUAAGCCUUUUUGUCCUUCAGGAAAGGCAGGAAGUCCUGCAGCAGGUUCAGGAAUUGCACCAGGAUGAGGAGUGGGAA